AUGGGCAACAGGUUUCCAAUAGACAUGGAAACACACAAGAACUGGCUCAAAAAUGACUUGCGAGACCGGUGUUCAGAAUUACAAAGGACACAGCAUUAUUUAACAUUCGCUUUUGAGUCAUUGAAAGCGCUAGGAGACCCUACUGAUGGAAGGUCCCUCUAUCCAUGUGACCAGCGGCGAAUCAAGAAGAUUACGGAGGCAAUGCAAAGUGCUGAGGGAAGGUUAGACUAUUUUUGGACGAAGCUGGAUUUCGAAUAUCGCCGAGUCUCCCGCAGAACUUUGAAUAAGAGUGUUGGCCAUAUAUUUACCAAUAUUCGGACUGUAGAGAGGACACCUGAUUGGAUUGCGCCAACCAGACCAACAAGAGUCUUUCCUAAAAGUUUCCAAGCUCCUACCAUGCCGCAGUUCUCUACUGAUGAGCUAAUAUCCAGCUUUGUUGCUCCUCGAGAGAAAAUCAAGCCAAAAACCGGCGGAGAACCUACCUCCUCUGCGAGCAUUGUUGAAGAUACCUCAGAGGCACUGACAUUCAAGCCCAAAGAACGAAUCUACAAGCUCAAAGCGAGAGCUCUGAAAGUGUUUAAAGUUCUCUUUUUCCAACCUUCUGAGAGUAACAUUCCAGGGGAUCUACCUUGGACCGAGUUCAAGUACGCUAUGGGAGCAAUGGGCUUUAGCGUACACAAGCUUGAUGGCUUGGCAUGUGAAUUCACUCCUCCUUCGACUGAAGAAUAUGAAGGAAGACAUGGCAUACAGGUACAUGAGCCGCAUUCUCCGGGUAGUACGGCUAAGAUCCCUUUUCAACUUGCAAGGAGCAUGGGAAGGAGAUUGAGCUACACUUAUGGAUGGAAUGGUGGGAUGUUUGUGAGUGACUAG